AUGUCAAAAUACAUUGGAGCUACCGAUGCAUUUAAUGAUAUCCUUCUGAAAGUCGAUGAAACAUUCAUUCAAGCCGCUGCAUAUCUCAAAAACCUCCGUUCUGAUGCAGUUGGAGAAAAGCCUGGAUCCAAACAAGACUGUCCAUCCUCUGUUCAAUCCGAACGUUCGUGUUCUCCAAUCUUGACGCGUGUUCCGUUGUCUCCUGUUCGUUCCCGUCGCUCUUCUAAAAAGAGGGAAACAUAUAGCGUUCAAGUUGAAGACUUCGUUGCACUCGAUGACAAGAAGAAGGCAGUCAUUAUGACCUCAAUCGAAGCGAAAACUGCGAUUCCGAAAGCUGAAGUUCGAAAAAUCGAGAAAUUAAUCAACGACACACUCAACAGUCAUAAAAACCCAUCAUCAUCAACUGUUUUUCACAUUCAAAUGUAA